UUUGUGGAUUGCUGUCAGAAGUGCGCCAAGAAGGUGGGCUGCAGGUUCUGGCAUUUGAAACCUUCAAUGAAUGGCGAGAUUGGCCAAUGCACGUUGCUGGGCUCAUUGGCAGGCAUUACCGUGCGGAACUGGGACAUACCCAUCCUCCCAACGUUCCUGGGUGGCGAGUGCAACCCCCUUGCCAACACGGACGACGAUCCGCAUUUCCGGGGCGCAGACGGCACCCAAUACGACUUCAACGGCCUUCUCGACCGCUCCUUUUGCUUGGUUUCCGACCGUCGGAUCCACAUCAACAUGGGAAUCAAGGGCUACCAGCCCAUCGCGAAUCUCCCCGGCACGGCGACAUCAUUGGACGAAGAGUCGCUCGCUGCAGCGGUGGAAGCGGCGGCCAAUGAGAAGAAGCCACGUCAUAUCAGGCAGCUGGAACAAGAACGGCUGAGCGUGGAGGAACUGAGCGAGCUGGAGAGAAUGCGGGCCAAUGGGAGCCUGCCGUGGACUGAUGAGGUGGUGGCGGCGCUUGACAGGGAGACGGGUCGUCGCAGCGGCGAAGAUGGCGCCAGGGGUGGAGGGGAAGAGAAGGAGCAAUAUUCGAUUCAGUAUGCGAAGCAUGAGCUGAAGGCGAGGCUUCUGAAAGAAAAGCCGAUUCGCAGCUGGAUCAGGGAGCUUCAAGUGAUGUGGCGCGAUGAUACUGGCGCGCAUCACUCAGCGUUCAUUAAGGCGCGCGACGGCAAGGAGCAAGGGAGGGGCAGCAGCGGGUUCAUCGACCGACUGGAGCUCGACGGCUCGCCGGUGGCCCCGCCUCUGUCCGAAGGAUCUUUCGUUGCUGGCAGCGGCGGGUUCAAGCUGCUUCUGGCGGAGACGCGGAGCUGCAAGGGGAAGGACGAGGAUGAGUUUCAUCUCACGAUCGACGGCCUGGUGGACAUGGGCAUCUUAGCGCGUUUGGCGCAUCCACUCAUGCAGACGGCUACGGAGGCCCAGGCGCAUUUCAAUGUGCACAUCGCCCGACUCAAUGUGAGCAACAUUCUGAUUGUUUGCUAUGUGUUGGCUGUGCUUUGCCUGGGCGGUGCUGCCAUGAUAGCUGUCCUGGUACAGUACCGUUUUUGUCAUUUUGUCCCAUGCAACGUCUUCCCUUCACCCUCUCCCCCCUCUCCCCCUUCCUGUCGUUCCCUCUCUCUCCCCCGUGUGCAGCACACAAGCGGCAUUCACGGCGUGCUGGGUCAGACCUUCACCCAUCUCCCCCCUUCCUGUCGUUCCCUCCUUCCCUCUUCAUUUCUACAGCACACGAGCGGCAUUCACGGCGUGCUGGGUCAGACCUUCCGAGCCGAGGAAUCCCGCAAGGUGCGCUCGCUGCGGUACCGCCUGCUGACCCGCCUGCUGCGCGAGCCGGUGGAGGUGGAGAGUGAGAGUGGCAGGGGAUUCCUGGAUGGGCGCACGGAGGACUACAUCACCUCGGAUAUUCACUCCGCGGAUUGCAUGUAUGCCGCUGCGUGGCGUAGGGGGGAACACGAAAGCAGCGAUGGAAGCGAUGUCAUGUGA